UUUCACUCUAGUUCCUGUUCACCUAGCCAGUGCUGCAGCUGACGAUCCUGUGUGCCGCUCUUAGCUGUCUUUAAUAAAGAUCUGAGGUUUCUGCUCACUUCUGUCUCGUGGCUGAUUUCAGGUCCUUCUAGUGUGCUAUUACAGAACUUCUAUAAAAACACACAGCUCCAGUUUAUUACAUCCACAACAAGACGACCUUUACAUAAAGAUUUUUGUCAGAUGCCUGCUUUACUUCUCUUUGUGAUGCUGACAGCAUGUGCUGCAAGCCCGCAGGAUCUAUCAGGAAAAAUGUUUACAUUUCCACAAGAAACCGACACAGCCAGAGUGAUGCUGAAUAUAUCCACACACAAUUUAAAGGCUGUGACAGUAUGUCUCAGGUCCUUUACAGACCUCAAAAGAAUCCACGGUCUUUUUUCUCUGGCCACACCGUCUUCUGACAAUGGUGUACUGAUAAUAAGAAAUAUUGAUAAAGUUGACUUGCGUGUGAACGAUCAAAGAGUAGAUUAUGUAGUGGACUAUGAGUUGAACACCUGGCACUCUAUUUGCUCCACAUGGGACUCUGAAUCUGGAUUGGGUCAACUGUGGUUUAAUGGAAAGCCUUUAGUCAGGAAGUUCACCAGUAAAUCACAGAUCGAUAAACCACUUGUUACCCUUGGACAGGAACAGGACAGCUAUGGUGGUAAAUUUGACAUUAAGCAAUCUUUUGUCGGCAUGAUGACCGAUGUCCACAUGUGGAACUACGUCCUUUCUUCCUGUGAAAUCCAAAACUAUGUGGGCAAUCUGAAUUUCACUCCAGGCAAUGUGCUGAACUGGAAGGCCCUGACGUUUGAGAAAACUGGAAAUGUUCUGAUAGAAAACAAGCAGCUGACCUGCCACUAGAAUCACUUAGUGGGGAAAGACCUUGUCAAGUCUGGCUUCUAAGGGUUGAAUGAUGUUUUGGUGUAAACUAGAAAACUCUGCAUGUGGGAAAACAGGGUGUGUUUGAUCAGGGUGAAUUUCUACCAAAAAGUUUAAUCAUUUAUCUAUAACUGGAGAAUGUUACUUGAUUGGAUUAUGCAACACUGUUUCUAGAUUUCCUUAUUCCUAAUUUGUUUGUAUUUCCUUUUAAUUAAUGUAAAGCACUUUGAAUUGCCUUGUUGCUGAAAAUGUGCUAUCUAAAUAAAAUUACCUUACCUUAUUGUCUAUGGUUCUUCCA